AUGGAUCGCAAUCCCAGACAAUUUCAAUUAAAUUGUAACUACGAUUACGACGCGGACGACACUAUUGUAAACGUGUACAUAACUAUCAAUGACAAGACACUAUACACCCGGGGAAAUAUCACCAGUGGAGUUCCCGAAUACGACCAAACGCUACUAAUAGAUGUCCUGGACAAGUCACCAGAUUUUAACAAGAACCAAGCUCAAAUCAGUAUUAGCAAGGUCAAUCGGCAUGCAUUUGGUACUUAUAAGUGUAAAGUAGACUACAUGUCCACAAUUGACAACAAACAAUUCACUGUCAGUUCUGCUAAUGCUAUUACAAUUGGCCGCAGAGCUAAUGAUAGCCAAUAUUACUGCACUGGGGUUUGCGUUGAACGGCCUCAAAACCAGCCUUAA